CUUUGACGUCCUGUUUGUGUAGUUUCUCGUCUCUGUGUUUCUAUCUGUCUCUCUUCAAAGAAGUGUCAGAAGAGGGCGCUUGUUUCAUUAGCUCCAACAGUCCAAGCGCUUCGACGAACUUUUCACCGGAUCAUUGAAAACAAGCACCAUCAGAACAGACGUCGAUUACACAACAAGGUGAGGCCGAUGCAAUACAGAAAUCCUGCAAAAAUCUUACACAAAUAAAACUCAAUGCUAUAAAAAGUGACUUUACGUUUGUAUUGGCUACUGUGAAGCGCAGCGUCCAGGCCAAUAUUAAAUCUAAAUAUUAGCGUGAAGCUUUUUCAUUGAAAUCGGCAGUGAAUGUAUCGAAUUUGUUGUCUAUGUUGCUCUGUUGUUUGAUAUAAGCUCUGACUGAUGGCAGCGCAGGUGGGCAAAGGCAGUGCAAAUUAAAGUAGGUUGGUGUGUAUUUCCCACGUCGGAAAUCACACCCCUUUUGUCUGUCACCUCCAAGGUCUCUCCUUUUUUCACUCCGCCCUGUCAGCUUUGUCUGUGCUCUGUCUUUAGUCAGGGGGGUUGCUACUGAAUUUGGAAGUGCUUGCCCUCUGCGUGGAAAUGUGCACUUCAAUAGUUUACGCACAAGAUUCUUCGCUUUUUCAGAGGGUAUGUCGUCCAUAAACGUCGACUGCGUCGUAAAAGCGCACAGUGGGUUAGGAGGUCCAGUCUGGCAAGAGACAGAUGCCACGCUGCUGUAUGUCGACAUCUAUGGCCCGAGUAUCAGCAGGUGUAACUGUCUGACCAAGGAAAAAGAGAGUAUGUCUACAGAGACAUACGUGGGCUGUGUGGUUCCGCGCAGCUCAGGAGGUUACGUGAUUGGAGAGGGAACGCCCUUCGCCGCGGUCGACUGGGAGAAACGUUCCGUAACGACCAUCACCCACGUGGACACGGAGAAGAGCAACACCCGCUUCAACGACGGGAAGGUGGACCCUGCUAGCAGGUUUUCCGCAGGCACCAUGGCUGUGGGAAUGUGCGCGUCUGAGCUAGAGAGGAAACGGGGCUCUCUGUACACGCUCCAGCCUGACCACUCUGUCGUCAAGCACUUGGACCAGGUGGACCUCUCCAAUGGGCUCGACUGGUCUCCAGAUCAUCACAUCUUCUACACAGACAGUCUGAAGUACAUGGUGGAGGCCUUUGACUAUGACCUACAGACUGGAGGAAUAUCUAAUCGCAGAAUGGUAUACGGGUUUGAGGAAGAUGAAGGCUUGCCUGAUGGCAUGUGCACUAACAUGGACAGUAAACUCUGGGUGGCCUGCUACAAUGGAGGAAGGGUGAUCCGCAUCGACCCACAAACAGGGACCAGGCUCCAGACAGUACAGCUGCGUGUGGCAAAGAUCACCACCUGCUGUUUCGGGGGUAAAGACUACAGUAGGGCAUUUGAUCUAUACAUCACCUCUGCAACUAAAGGGAUGGAUGAAGAGGCAUUAGCCAAACAGCCUGAAGCUGGCAGUAUUUUUAAGGUCACUGGUUUAGGAGUGAAGGGAAUUCCACCGUAUUCAUUUGAUGGCUGAAAUUCUGGAACACAUUUUGAAAUGAAUUACAUGGAUUAUAUGAGGAAUUAUAUCAUAUAAACAUCAAGGAAUAAUACGUUGUUUUUGUCAAUAAAACAAAACAUAUUAAACAUGUUCCUAAUUACAGAAUCAGAAAACGUUCAUGCUUAUAUUUUGUCGCAGGAUGCCAAGACAGUAAAAACGACACAAACAAAUUGAUUUAGUCAAAAUAAAUAGAAAACAAUUGUACUACAAAUAUAUUUAAAAUCGUAAUGCUGCAAGCUAUUUCUUGUAUCGUUCACUGCCGACAGGCUUGAAAACCGGACCAUAAACCCUUUAAUGAACCUCUUCGUUCCAGUGCCAGCGCUGAUUUCUUUUCGGUGAACACACGUCCGCGGACCUGUUUUCUUAAAGGGAAAGUGACUUUGAGAGGCAGCUCAGUUGAAUGCAACACCUGAUCUGCAUUGUGGGCCCCUUCUCUUUUCAUAACAAAAUUAUGCCCACGUUUCCACAGAUAUGUUAUGUAGCAAAACAGAAGCACAGCAGCCAGUAUUCUAAUCACAGCCAGAAUUUGAUAGAGUGUAAUUGAUUGGUUUGUCUUGUUUUAUUUUAUAAGUAAGCAAUAUAUAACACAAACGAGUCUUGCCAGUACUGUUCAUUUAUUCUUGUAGUAUAAAGAUUUACUGUCUUACUAAUUGACAGUGUAUCAACAACCAAGAAAUGUUUCUGAAAUAGGUUUGAUUAAGCACUGAAUGCACUUGGGAGAUUUGCUAUAUGUGUACAGUUUACAAAUUGAAUCACAUUCAAGGAAAAUAUAACUUGGAAAUUAUUUCUGGACAUAGCUUCAAUAUUUUAUCACUACCAUAUAUAGCAGAUUCAUAGUUUGAAAUGGUAAAUGUGUGAUGAAGAUCCCGGACACCCUGUAAUACAUGAGAACGCUUGUUAACAAAGAUUUAUUCUCAUGCAUAUAAAAGUCCGAUUUCUAUAAAUUAAGUGUUUUGGUGCUUCUAGGAAGAAUAAAUUACAACCAGUGAAUUGAUGAAAAUAAAAGAUAUCAGCACACAUGAUCAAAAUGUUGCUGCUGUCAAAACCCGAGCAGACGUUCUAGUGCAGUUUCCCCAAACCAGACAUGAGCUAGCACAUUCAGACGGUCCCUUAAAUUACAGGGGUCGUAU